AUGGCUUCGCGGGCGGAGGCGGCGGGCCCGGGGACCCCGCGCGAGGACCCCCGGGUGCGCUGCACGUCCCGGCGGGCCGUGGCCCGCGCGCUCGAGCUGUGCGGCCGCUUCGUGCGGGAGCUGGGCGAGGCGCUGCCCGCCGGCGUCCGGGAGCCCGCGCUGCGGGACGCGCAGUGGACGUUUGAGGCCGCAGUGCAGGAGAACGUCAGCGUCGGCGGGCAGGCCUGGCAGGAGGCGGGCGAGGCGACCGACGGCUCUCCGGAUUCUGAUAUCAAAGUACUUGAAGAUCAGUUUGAUGAAAUCAUAGUCGAUAUAGCCACAAAACGCAAGCAGUACCCCAGAAAGAUCCUUGAGUGUGUCAUCAAAAUCAUCAAGGCAAAGCAGGAACUUCUGAAGCUGUACUGCCCUGUCGUCCGUCCACUGGAUCUGACGUCGGAGCCCGACCUGGCCUCUCGUGUGGCCGAUCUGGAACAGCGAGGAGAAGAGAUUGCAAAGGCGAUUGGUGAGGCCAUGAAGUCCUUACCUGCGUUAAUCGAACAAGGAGAAGGAUUUUCCCAAGUCUUGACGAUGCAGCCAGUGAUCCAUCUCCAGAAGGUUCAUCAGGAAGUCUUCUCAGGCUGUUCUCCAAGCUUUGCCACACAGCUCGAAGCCACACCGCCAGAGGCAUUCGCCCGCAAACCCUCCAACCUGGCACUGCCACGCAAGCGGCCCGCAGGCUCACCCCAGAGAAAGUGCUAUCCGCGGCGCAGGCAGAUCCCCCUGGAUACCUGAGCGCUGGGAGCACGGCAGCCGGCUCAGGCCUAUGAGAAGCAGCAUCUUUGGGGGGGGGGGGGGGUUGCAAUGCCUGGAUUGAGCUGAGGGCUUCACCCCUGCAAGCACAUGCUUAACCACUGUGCCACAUCCCUGACCCCAGCAAAUUUUUUCUUUUUUUUGAUGGGGUGCAGGCGUGGUGUGGGGCUAGGGCUCCCGUUGGGGUUGAAAUAAAACCAGCAAAGUUGGGGCUGGAGCCGUAGCAUAGUCAGGAGGGUGCUGUCCUUGCACGGAGCCAACCUACUCUGAACCCCAGCAUCCCAUGUGGCCCCCCAAACACUGCUAGGAGUGAUUCCUGAGCACGGCCUGGAGAAAUUCCUGAGCAGUGCUGGGUGCAGCCCGAAGUCCAGCCUGUAAGUCCUCCCCCAGCCCAGCAGAGGUUCCUGCCUGGUGUCUUGACAUUUCAGCAGCUCUGUGCUGUGGGCCGCUGGGACUGAUUUCAUUCCUCUUUUCCGCCUACAUGAAGCCCCUGUGCCCUGUGCCCGCACCCCCCAGUGGGUGCCCGGUGCAGGUCUGCUGUCCUUGGCCAUUGGGGAUCAGGUCGAUACGUGCAGAGGGGUGGGCCUGGCGGCAUCUCUGGGGGUGCGGCCAUCUGUGGGGGUCUCACUGCCACUGCUGCAGGCACAGCUGUGCCGAAUGAGCAGCUGCCGCAUUGCUACCCCUGGCCCAUUUCUGAGUGGGCUAUGUCGGCUCUGUGGACCCUCGUUUUAGAGUAUUUUGUAAGACAAAGCAGACUUCCUAUGACUUAGACUUUAGUGUGUGCAAAUUACUUACGUUUCUUGCUCAUGUUUGCCAAGGUUCUAGUUUUCAA